CCAAUCUACUUUGAGGGUGAUCGGCAGGAGUGGCGCCUCGGUUUGGGGUUGAGCUCCAAUGGCACAGUCCAUACACUGGGCCAGUUGGAGUUUGACAGCCGCUUUCGCGCAAGUCAAUUUAAAAUCAUCCGGCGGACGUGCCCAGAUUGCGACGGAGCUUUUCAGGACAUUUACUACAGAAGGUUGACCGACAUGCCGAUGAGUUUCUCUGCCUACACAAUGAUGGCGUGCGAAUGGACAUCGGUGGAUAAUGUCGAAGGCGCUGAUUUCAAGAUCUACCCAACUUUGACAGACGCGCUUGAUGACAGCAAUGCUUGGACCUCUUACGCCUAUGGUGGCUCUGGCAUUGGAUUUCCAGCUACGUCUGGCCCAACGUCAGCUUCAAGCGAUCAGUACAGCAGCAUUGCCGUAGAUAAGUGUACAACUUCAUCCACGGGCAAGAGCGGCAACUUUUACAUUUAUGACUAUGCCUCGUCGGUGGUGCCCGGCACGUGCACACGCUCGGUUGGUACACUGGGAAGCGGUGCGGAAUGUGAACAUAGUGGAACAUCAGACUCUGAAGCUCGCUUGGGAUUCCUGAUGUUUACCAAGGAAACUCGGGAAAGUCGGUGGUCCUCUCAAGCAACUGGCUUUGCAGAGAACUUUGCGUGUGUACGCUUCACAGGGAUAGAGUGGCAAUACCUUGAAGGUGCAACGUGGACGCAGUUUGUGCCCUUGCCCACUGAUGUGUUGCUAGCACGCAUUGAGUUUGACAACAGCAGCAUCACGGAUCUAAAAGGCGAAGACGAGGAAUUCUUCACAGUGAAAAAGGGGUACGUGGAUGGUGACCUCGAAUUCUCGAGUUCUUCGCUGGCCUCUGGCAUCGUGGAAAUCGUUGGGACUUCCUUUGUGGCUCGAUGUGGGGAAGAUCUUUGGUGCCGCAACGGAAGCCGUCCAGAGGAUGUCACUGGCACAUUGUACUGCUGCGAUGCAUCAUGUGAAACUUGCGGUGGUGAAGACUGCGGUUCUGAUGAAGCAAACAACAUUUGUUGUCUGGACACGCUACUGAAUGCGGGAAGGAUUUGUCGAGAUCAUGAUGACGUGUCGUGCUUGAUUCCAGAGGCGUCAGUCUUGUGUGGUGGCAACUUGCAGCUCAACAACUUCGCCUCAGCAGAGGCAAUGGCAGCCGCAGGUUGGACAAUAAAUACAAGCGAUGCAAAUGUGUGGCUAGCAGAUGGGUAUAUUGGAUACCGAGGUUCACCAUCUGCUGGCAUUGCUCUGACAUUGUCUGGCUACGGAACUUUAGACCUGACUUUUGGCAAUGACAACACUUCAUCCAGCGACACCGUGGAGGCUUUUCUGAAUGCGGUCAGUGAAGCAACUGCAACGAAUUCCGAAUCACCAAAGACAGUGGCCAUUGACUUCACGCACGGGAGCAACCUGGAGAUCAAAGCCAAUGGUGAUGCUGUGAUUGGUGUGAGAGGUCUUGCGUUCAAGUGCAUGAUGCAACAGGCCUUGCGGAGGGUAGUUAUCAAAGAGGGUGAAUCUGAUGCACCAGGAGAAUAUACUUCUUGGCCUGCCGAAGCUUGCUAUCAUGAAUAUGAGCUCGCAGGCACAUGGAGUGGAAGUGUAAACCUCAGCAGUUCCAGUGUGUCUACCGCCUCCGAAGGGCUUUUCACAGUGCAAUACGCAUGCUCUAAAGACAGCGUGGAAACCACCAGGUCGAUGAUUGUUGAGGUUCGCCAUCCAAUCAAGCUGGAAGGCCUGACAAACAUGAUUCUUCGACAAUCAGAUGGAAGUUUCAGUGAACCAGGAGUUUCCUGCAUUGACCGGGACCUGAAGCCGCUGUCAGUGUCCAGCUCUCCAGCUUCGCUGCAACUGGAUGAGGUUGGUGAAUUUAGCAUCACCUACUCGUGCGUGGAUAGCAAAGGUAGAACUUCGACUAUGGUGAGAUAUGUCCAAGUUUCACCUGCCAUAGAGCUCCGUGGCGAUGCUGUUGUUGUGCUGGAGAAAGAUUCCACUUGGAAUGAUCCUGGUGCACAAUGUGUCGAUACAAAUGGUGGGCUCAUUAUCUACACUGCCAGCCCGGACCUCAAUAUGUCCACAGCAGCAGAAACUACAGUGACCUACUCCUGCACUGACAGCAAUGGUACAGUUUGGACAACAAGCAGGACGGGUCACGACUGGGCUGCCUCGGUGUGCUUCAUUCAACCGCCUUCAUCUCUUCACUUUCUAAAUGUGCUAGGAGAAGAGUUCAACGAUCCUGGAGUUUGCUGCAAAGAUGACCACAAUCAAGUGCUGCCGUUCCGGGAAGUACUGAACGAAGCGGACUCUUCAAGAACAGGGACGCAGAGUCUUUUCUACAGUUGCUCCAGCCUCGGUGAGUCAGAAAGCGCUGUGAGAAAGAUCACGGUGAACAAUGUCCCGAAGGUUUUCCUCACAGGUUCUUCGGAGACCUUGGCACUACUGGAUGUAACAUAUUCAGACGAUGGUGCAGUUUGCACUGAUGUGGAGGAUGGGCUCAUCACAGCUUGGGGCGCCAAUGGGCUAGGCUCAGCCCAGCAACUAAGUAUCCUCCGCGUGGGGUACAGUGGUACAGUGCUGGAUGGUGUAGUGGAAAACAUUUUUGAUGGAGAUGUGGCCAGCUCUGAAGAGCUAGCAUGCGAAUCAUGCGUAGAAGUUGACUCUUCUAGUUACAUAUGGUUGGACUUGGGUUCCGGCAAGGUGGUGCACUCCAUUUCCUUAACGGCGUCUGUGACGGGGGCAAGCUUGAAGGUUGGACCGCAGGCUAACAAAGGUCCCGAGUGCAAGGCAAGUGUCACCGAAUCAUCUUUGGGAAGUGUGAGCACCAUAGAAUGCGAUGCACCCCUAGCAGGUCGCUUUGUCACCUUUGGUGGGUCGAGCACAUCGAUGAAGGUGUGCGAGAUAAGCAUCUCUGGCACAGUUGGGCCAGCUGCUGCAUCCCGCAUCAACAUCACCGGCAGUCCCUCUGGAUGCUCGGGGGUGGAUUCCAGCAGCUUUGAAUUGGCUGGCCAGGAUGAGGCAGGCCUAGGUGUGCUGUACUCCACUCAGCAAGCUGGUUCCAGUGGCGAGUUGAGAACUGACCUCGGUACAGGUCCCACUUUGCAGACUGAGCUUGUUGCUGGUUACAUCCAAGGGACUCCAGAUUCUGAGCGAUGGAUCCUUCGAAAUGCAAGUGGGAGCGAACAAGCUUGGGCAAUGGGAGGCGAGAGCUUCCCACCCUUAGAAAGCAGCCAAUGGACAGUCACAUCUGGAGAGGCAUGUACGAGUCUUACUUUCGGUGUUGAUCCAGCGGAUUCGUGCUCAUGGCUUUUUGGACCCUCCAGUGAGGAUGGCAAGUAUGGCUGCGGUGAUGGAAGCGAGUGUGACACUGAAGGCUGUUGCAGCUUGAGUGGUGGCCUUGCACGCUGUCCACCCGAUCUCCCUCGCAUGUGUGUAGCACAGACCUGUGGAGGUGACUACUGCUGCAAAACCGACUGCACUUCCUUUGAUGGAAAUCGCGUUUGCCAACAAAACGCUCUUUCCAACAGCACUGGCAGCGGCACACUUUCAAGGAUGGAGGUAGUUACCUCUGUGCUAUCGGACGUGGCCGCCAUCUACAAGGUGACAUAUACGUGCUAUGAUUCUAUGGGUUCACACGCGUCAGUCACCCGAACAGUGGAAGUGGGAUGCGAAGAGCCAAAUCCGGGUGGAACCUACGGCGGUAAUCGGGUUCAAUGCAGCACGGUGAACAAGACGCUUGAAGAUGUGGGGACCUACGAGGUUUGCGAAACUAGCUGCCUUGCCGCGAGCUCUUCCGAAUGUGUGGCAUAUCAAUACUUUGACAACAAGACGUGUCAGUUCUUGACGUUGUGCACAGGACGGUACUACAUGCUUGCCAACGCAACAGACCGCCAAGUGGCAUAUUGCCGGCGUGUUGACACAGUGCCAACGGUUUCGAUUGAAGAUGGUGAGACGACUUUCCUUGUGGGAGCUUCAUCGAUCUCCGUUCCUGAUGCGUCAUGCUCCGAUUCGGAAGAUGGGGGGACAAUAAAGGCGCCCGUGGUCGACAGUUCGGCUGUCAACCUAGCCGUUCCAAACAACUACCAGGUAAUCUACACUUGCACUGACUCUGCGGGGCAGUCCUCAUCGGAAACAUUGACGGUCACCGUGAAAGACAAUUGCGCGGUUCCGGACGUGACAAAUAAGAACACUUCCACCGGAUACUGCUUGGAAGGAAGCACCCUAGCGCAUGGAGAGACAUGCACGUCAUCAUGCAAAGCCGGAUUUGAAGCGCGACAUUCAACUCACACAUGCACGACAGAAUCCGACACUGACUUCGACUCAUUUUUGGACCCCACAGAUUAUAUUUGCGAUGUGUUGCCAUGCGAAGAGCCUGUGGUUGCCAACUCCGCAGUUGAUGAUGGUAGAUUUGCGUGCGCAGAGAGCAACGCUGAUGGUAAAGUUCUGAACGGAAGUGAUUGCACUCCACAAUGUGCAAGUGGCUAUGUGCCGAGAGUGGAAGGUGUGGGAUCAUAUGCAACCUUGUAUUGCAACGAAAGUUUCUUCUUGCCAGAAACGUUCAUUUGUGAAUUACCUGCUGCAGCACCUUUGUCAAUCUAUGCACCCUCGAGGCCGAAACCAGAAGGUGCGGUCGACAAGAUGUUGCAGUUUGCUAGUGGAAGUCCAAAUGAUUGCGAUUUCGCAGGAUUUGAGAUUGAAGGGAAGGAGGUUGUUGAUGGUGUGGACGGCGACUACCAAGACAUGAUCGGCUGUGAAGAUAGUUUGUUUAUUACGUCGCGUGACACCGUGGAGUGCACGGCGACCAAUCUCACUGAAGGUGGUACUUACUAUUUCCGCGUUCGAGAAGUUUGCACUGAUGGGAACAUGAAUAGUUCGUGGACAGAGUCUGAAGGCAUGACACUGCGCUUUGUCGAUCCUCCAGCUAUCCUUCUGAAAAUUCCAGAGGAGGACCAGUACGCAUCAGUAAGUCAAGUCCUGUUGGCCGUGCAGGUGGACGUGUAUACCACGUCUGAUACAAGUCUGGCCUUCGUGGUUUAUCGAACCAAUGUCCGUGUGGGAGGUGAAGAAUGGUGCCCCACUACCACGUGGCGGGUGGCUUCUGAUGAGAUAAUCGAUGGAAGUCCUUCUGGUACCUCGACAGUUGGUCUCAUUCAAGAGCGAAUUCUUAUUGCCAACUUUCCGGAUGUGGACGAGUUCGGUGGUGACUUUAUGAAGCCAGGAUGUCAAUACAUCAUUUCCUGCGAGGAAGGCCUGUUCAUCACAGAAGAUACGCCUGCAAAGGUAAAUCCGGAAUUUAAGUGGAACUUCAGCUACAUUGAUCCCUCUCCUGUCCGGAAGGUCUUGCAGAAAAUUGAUGCAAGUGAGGAACUAACUGAUGAUGGUGUGUCAGUGACCUUCAUUGUGCAGUACGACCUUGCCUCUCAGAUCAAUUGCACUGUAAUGCCCGUGAGCCCCGAUGAACCCCCUUUGCUGGCAACUGGCCGCAUUGACACUGGUCAAUUUCGAUCAGUGAUUUAUGCCAGCGAUGAGACCAGGACUCUUGGUGAGUAUACCGUGUACGAUGAGGCCAAUUUGGAGUUCACAGUCACAGGAUUGGUUCCCAGCAAGAGCUACAACUUGAAUUGCGCUGGAUGGAAGCUAAGCAAAUCUUGGGUGCCUGUUGUUUGCGCCAACUACCCUUCAGACUGCCAGAAUUUCAGCUUCACAACGAUGGAUGACACCCGCGCUGACCUUACCUCGGUGAACAUUUUCAAAGCUAUCACCUGCCCUGAUGGAACACAGGUCACAUUAUCCUCGGAGACGCAAACAUAUGAGCAAAUCAAGAGUGGCAUCGUCAUCCUCCUCUCCACAUAUGAGCGGUCCUGCGGUACAGAGUUGGAGGCUGGGGCAUUGGCAAACGCCACAGUGAACUUCAGUGUGAGCCCUCUUUCAAGUUAUGCCUCCAUGAACUUCACCAAUGAAUCGCAGCAGGACAACCAUUUCUUCUCUUAUGAAGUGCAGGAUGACACCGCUAUACUGUACAAGUACAUGAAUAUCACUGUAUGCCCUCAUGCUCACUACUACUCCGACGAUGGUGCCGACUGUCAAAACUAUGUCGUGAGUGUGGCCUUCACGGACACCAAAUUGGAAAUUUUGAAGAUCACAGUCAAGGAUUCAAUCACUGGAGACGAAAAGGCUGAUGGGGCAGGUGCUGGAUCUGAUGUUGAGGCAUCAAAUGGUGACAUUGUCGUUUUUGAUAUGGCAAAAGAUCCAGUGACGGUGCUAACUGAUAUCACUGUUUCGCUUGGCGGAGCAAAUUAUUUCCCUCAGACCGUAGAGGCAGAUGGCGGGAUCGGAGACAUAGUUGGCACAAUUACGUGCACCAUCGAAGGGCAAGGUCUUUCUCUACCUGUCAAGAUGACGAUGAGUGGAACUGAGUUCGAUAUGGAGUACAAGAUUUCCUUCAAGACCCCAACGGUCACUAUUGCAACCAAGUCCUUCAGCCUGACAGAAGCUGACUCCACCAGAAGUCUGAGUGUGGCAUUGGACAACAUCCCCACAUCUGCGCAGGUAGCGCCGGAGGACUUCAUCCGUUUGAGUGUGAGGAAGGUUGGAACUGAGCAGGCUACACCAGGGUUCUGCGAGCAGCAAACAUUCGGCGAUGGCUGGGCUACGCUGUCUUGCUUAUUGACACUUACACCGUUGUCAGCAGAUAGCUUGGUGGUCGAGAUGGAAAUAAAAAACUUUUCAUCUACGCUCUGGCAAUUGGCAACGGAUGUGUACCACACAGGGGCAAUCAUUUUUUCGGCACCGACUUUGACGUCCCUUUUCACACUAGACGCUAGUGGCAACACAGUGGACACGGUCAACACUGAAAAUGUGCUCCUUUCAAAUCCGGUGUUCUACGUGGACGGUUUAAAUAUCCCAAACCUCGAGAACUUGAACAUGGAUUAUGUGGAUGAGCAAGACUACAAGCUUUGGCUUCAAGGGGGUGAUGCUGAAAUAUCUCUAUGCUCCAGCAUGAAGUAUGACUCUGACACCGCAGCGCUGGAGUGCACCAUCACCAGCUGCCUCGAUGCUUGGGACGUGCCGAGCGAGCCGAGUGUCGUCCUGCAAGUUGGUGACCUCCGGAGCGAAGCGCUGGCGGGGAAGCUCACCCUCCCACGGCCAGUCAUAAGCACGAUCUCUCCAGACCUUAUCUUGGAUGCAGGAUAUGUUGAGAUCGAGAUUUUUGGGAACUCCUUCUCAGAAGACAGAGAUGUUCUUGCACCCAAUGGCAGCUUUGAGGAGGCGUGCAUAGUAUGGCAGGCAAAGGCAGAGGGCCUGCUGGCUGAUGGAGUGGCAAGGCGCCUGAGCAUAGACGAGCACAUGAGUGAAACUGAGCUCUCCGCGCUUGUGCCCAACAGUUCGAGACCGAGACGACUUUCGGUGGCCGAGACUCUUCCGGCGAUGCAGCUGCUGGGCUCAGCCACCACCAUCACGGUCGGAAGCGCGACCUGCAACAUUCAAGUCCUGAACAACACCUAUGUAAAGUGUGGCAUGUCCGCAGCCAGAAGGGCGUCCCGAGCUGAACCGGAGGAUGGUGAGCUUCGAGGUAAAAUCAUUUCGGAGGUUGUGGAAGUGAAAGUGAGAAUGACAGUUGGCUCUCUUUCUGAAUCGAGCGUGCCGUAUUUGGCGACACAACUUUCUCAAUGUGAAGAGGAGGGGUACUACAGAAUUGGAGAAGACACUGAUGUAUGCGAACCGUGCCCCAAAGGGACUUAUUCAACAAGCUUCACUGACGAAUGGCCAUUAGGCUGUACUUUUUGUCCAUCGACUUCCUAUCAAGACGAGGUGGGGCAGACGGCGUGCAAAGCAUGUCCGGACAACACUGAGUCUGUGCCGCCAGCCGUUGCAUUGGAAGACUGUCGUUGCAAGAAAGGUUACUUCUCACCUGUCUAUGAUGAGACGCAGACAUAUGGAAUGCCCGGAUUUGCUUGUGUGGCCUGCAAUUCAGAGGAUUUCACAUUGGACCGAACCUUGGAUGACGCGCCGUGCAGUCUUGAGAACUUGGGCGAGCUUUGCGAUGAACCGGAUGCGCAUUCUUGUGUUCGAGUUCCAGCUGGAUCCUACACCUUCCGUCUUUGUAUGUCAUACUGUCCCGGUGGUACGAUGCUACCACUUGCAAAGCCUUAUUUUUACAUAUCCAAGCAUUCCCAAGUUGCGACCCCAAUCAAUGCAGACCAGACCGAGUACCAGCCAGUCAUCGAUACUUGCGUGCCUCUUUAUGCCUGCCUGAGUGCAAAUCAGUGCAGCGCGGGCUAUGAAGGUCUCAACUGUGGGCAGUGUGUCUUUGGUUACUUUGGCGAUCCCAAUUCGGACGACUGCGUUCAGUGCGGGGAGGAGCAGCAGAUUGGCACUUUGAUCAUGGCUGCUGUGGGAAUGAUGGGAACGUUUGGUGCCUUCUUCCUAUCUUUGCUCUACCUGAAAAUGCUGUCUGAUCCCAUUUUCAAAGGCCAAAUCAAGCUCUAUGUUGCCCGCAGGAUUGUGGAUAGAAUGAAAGCUGCCAUGGGAGUCUCUGGAGGUGGUGGCGGCAAAAAUCCUUUGGUGAAGUUGGCGGACAAGCUCCGAUUCAAAAGGGUUACCUUGGUCAUUCGAAAGCAGGAUGUGUCUGGCUAUUGGCACUACUUCAAGAACCGCGACCUUGGCUUUGUCUUCCGGGUUGACCGUGAUCGUACCGUGCACGUGGCUGGCGUUCGCCCGGGAUCACCUGCCUCGCGCAUGGGCAUCUCCCACUCCUGGCGGCUGCUGGUCAUCAAUGGAAAGCAUGUGCAGGCGGACACAGAGCAAGAUGUGCAAGAUCAGUUGGCCCAGUGCAAACUUCCGAUAUAUUGUCUCUUCCGAGCACCACGGACAGAAAAAGAUGAUGAGGAGGCAGCCAUUGACAGCUCAGACGCCAAGGAGUUGAGCGCCUCAGGGAUGCGUUUGAUUACGAUGUCUCUUGGAAUAAUGCAGUCCUUCAACGGCAUUCAGCGCAUUGACAUUGAAUGGCCUGAACUUUUCACCAAGAUCAUGGAAAUUCUCGCCAACUUUACCUUUAACUUCAAUUUCUUUCAGCCAGAUUGCAGUGUGUCUAGCCCGUACUGGUAUACUUGGCUGGGGUUCACUGUAGCGCCAUACUUCAUGAUGGCGCCGAUCACUUUCUCAUACAUUGUUGUUCGCUGGAUGUCCUUCCGGGAAAGUCGUGGUGAUCCGCAAUACCGGGAAGUGCAAAGUUGGCUGCUGUUGAAUGCAUGGGGAAGGGCCAUGCUGACAAUCCUGUUGCUCUUCAUCCAAAUGCACAUGACAAAGCUAAGCUCACCGUUCCAAUGCAAUACUCUGAAGGAUGGAUCUGCUGUCAUGGUAGAUUCUACGGACAUCUACUGUGACCUGGCAGACGACCAGUACUUCUUGAUCUUCACAGUCGCAUGCUUUUUCUGGUUUAUUUUUGCCUUUGGCUUUGCAACCCUGAACGUUUGUCUUUACUGGAGCUAUCAUUGGCAAGCAGGGACCAAGACAAGAGACCGCAUUCCCAUUUACGUAGCUGCUGUUGAGAUGAGUGUCGAGAACAUGAGGGGAUGGGUGGAAGUCGUGCGUUUGCGAGUGCUGAGCAACAUCGUGGCGGUACGGACAUAUCCUUCCAUCCGGGACCAGGAAGCGGCAGCAAAGCGUGCACUCUUUGAGGCAAAAAUGAAGCAGCGUGGUGCUGCUGUGAUCCCAGAGACAAAGGCUGGGAGGGAGCUUGACAAGGAGCUCGCCAACAUGCGGAAGCGCAAGGCAACACUUGAGGAUGAGAUCAACUUGCGCGAGAUCAAGAUGAAGUGGAAGAACAAAGAGCGCUUCUCAGAGAAGCAAGAUUGGCCAGAUAGGCUGGAUGGUAGCUACGUCACCUACGGCUGGGUUCUGAUCUUUAGUACCUUCUUCCGACAGUUUGCCUUGAUGCUGUCAACCCUAGUGUCCAACGACUUCCCUCCAUUUGGGGCUGCUGCGCAAUCCUUGGUCUUCAUGAUCAACUUUGCGGUUGCGAACUAAGAUUGUGAGCAGGUUCAACAUUUUGUCAUGAACGCAUACCCUCUAGGAUGUCAAUAGAAAUUAUCAAGACAAUGCACUUUUUUGAGUUUCACCCUGCAAGAACAUUUCGUUUUGCCCCAAUUCCUCGGUGAGUGUUGCCUUUGAGUUCCUAUGCUCAACCGAACCUCAUGCAUUUCUUGCAAUCUUCUGGCGUCGCUCAUUUCUUCAAUUGCAUUUUGUUU